UACACAAAACUAAUAAUCAGUUGUUUUAUGCACAACAAUGUGAAGCCAAAUUUUCAAAUCUAAUGACAUUUUAGUCAUACAAGAUUUUAUUACAACAGAUGUUCGAAACAUUAUCCAAAUUACAAUAUUUUUCGAGAAUUUCUUCUCCAUUUAAAGGACAACAAAAAGAAAACCUUAAAUCAAGUGCAUCGCAACCUAAACCAAAGGUAGAAGUUGAAAAUGUUCCUUUGACGACAAAUGAAAAUUCUGACCAAUUAAACAAAACAGUGGAUGAUAUUAAACUAGUGGUACCUGAUUUGAAAAACGUUGUUGAAUAUCCAGAAUAUACACUACAACAAUAUAAAGAGGAGUUUUUAAAAUCUACUGAUACAGCCAACCUAACAUCGAAAGAGGAUAUGUAUUUCAAUACCAAGCGAAAAUGGAAAUGUAUUAUUAGUGUAUUAAAAUUAAAAACGAUAUCAACCGAUUAUAAGUUAUCUAAAUUUUUUCUGGAGUGGGAAAUCGGUAAUCAACGCAUUGUUCGUGUAAAAGAUGAAAAUGUUAAAUCCUUAUAUACUCUUGGUAACAUAAAACACAUUGCACGAACCAACCUUAUAUAUGACGAAGACGCUAUUUUGGGAUCUAAAAAUAUAAAUUUUCGUAACAGUUUUGAGUACAAAGGGUCUUAUAAAGACAUCAAUUCCGAUGACGUUCAUAUAAAACUCUGGCAGUAUAUGCCACGCUCAUUAAAUACAUUAGUGGCAACAUCAUCAAAAAAACUUGUAGAUGUUUGCAAUGGUUCUAUUCAGCAAGAAAUUCAAUUUAAUUUACCUGUAAAAGGAGAACACAAACUUUGUAGAAUACUUACGUACAAUUUUUAUUUUCAGGAAAUUUACCACUUUAAACUAGAAUUCUUUGAUUGGAGAAUUUACGGUUUUCAAACUAGUAGAGAGUUACAAUUUUUGUUAAAACAGCAUCAGCAUGAAUUAAAGUUACAAAAAAAACAAAAACGUAACACCACCACCAAAAACAACACCAGCGACUGGAGGAAAAAUGACGUAAAAAAAAAUGAUGAAGGAUUAAACCUGACCCCGACUAACACAACGUUGAAUAAUCAACCUCUAGCUAAAAAACCUGCACCGAUUAUACUUUCAGAAAAUCAAAAUGUUACAGAAAUCAGUAGUACAACUGACGCGCAACUACUUCAAUGCAUACCCCGGAUUAUGUUCAAACUCAAACAAAAAUCAUUUGGUUAUCCUAAAGUACGACUUGUUUCACAAAAUUUACGCAACACAAUUCUUCCUUAUUGGAGUACAGUUGGAUCAUCAACCUUUCACGGAACAAUAUAUGAUCUUUCCACUUCUACGCUCUAUGUUGAAAUCAAUGAUUUACAAACGAAUUCUUUUCGUGUUGUAGGACUAAGCGAAAUAUAUUUAAGAGGGAUUAUUGAUCAAAUCUAUGUUGAGGCUCCCCUGCGAUUACCACCAUGGUUUCUUGAUAAUUUCGACACUGAUAUUCAAGAUAACUACUACUCAUCCUAUAAUGAUGCUUUUAUAGAAGGAAAGAUAUCAAUAAAGUCAUUACCGCAAUAUAGGCAAAGUGGUGAAACGGAAAAUGUUGAUUUACAGUGCAUCAAUUUGUUCGUUCAUAUUCAAAAUAUUGACAAAGUUCUUACCGCCGAAAAUUUGAAGAAUGUGUAUCCAUAUGUCGAAGUGACUCUUGACACGGAUACUCGCUACACACAAGUUGUUACAGACUGUCAAUCUCCAGUGUUUGAUAGUAUUUUGAUAUUUCCAAUAUACAUCGACUCUAAGGAAAAAAGCCACGAGUCGUUGCAAAAUACUAAAAAUCAUAUCUCAAUAAAUACGUGGAGUAAAGGAGAUACAUAUAAUGAACACUGUGGAGGAACCGUCUUUCUUCUUUACGAUUUAUAUCAUGACGAAAAGGGACUAGAAAGACCUUUUGAAUACGUUUCGUUUACAGACGGUGAGACAGGUACUGUUCUACGAGACCGAACCCGAAAAAUUCAAUUAAAACGAAAACUGUCUCUUACAUUUCCUUCACAAAGUUUCUCUACUUUGACAUUUUCAUGCUGGACAAUACCAGAUCUUCUUAAAAAUACGCGUUUUAAACUAAAAGAUAAACCAAAGUUUUCCAGCCUUCCACCGUUUUUAUUUUCUGCUAUGGACGAGUUGGAGCUAAAAUUUGAAGACGAGUGCAUUAAAACUGCUUCUAUGUUAGAACCAUAUACAAGAUACUACUAUUGCUAUACACUAGAUCAGAAACUGGCUCCCCAAUUUAUUUGUUCUUUCGUGGGUAAAGUUGUCCCACCAAAAAAGAUUGAUAAUUGUUACUAUGUUGCCCACUACAUUCAUUGUCUUAAAUUCAUCCAACAAAGAAAAAAACCAUCUGAUCUUCUGCAGUCAAAUGAUACCCUCACAUUUGGAAAACCUAGCGAAAAAGUCAAUUUAACCAGAGUGUGGGCGACGCCUGCGUUUACCUUGAAUGCAAGGUGUGGUAGUAUAUUUGAUCACGCCUUACUACAUGCUUCAUUUCUCAUUGGUUUAGGAGAACUUGCUUUUGUAUGUUUAGGGUCGCUUUGGGAUACGAGUCAUCACAUUUGGGUUUGUACUUUUCACCUAUGUGAGUCCACCUCUGGAUCUUAUGGAUAUGUCAAGUUUUGGGAAACAACAACGAAUGCAUCAUAUACCCUCAAUAAUAGAUUCAUGCAUCGACAUGUGUUUCAAACUAUCAUGAAAAAUAUGAACAAGACAUUUGAAAAAAGGACAGAUAACCCAACGUCUAUUGUCGAUAAAAUAAAGGGAAUAACAAACGUCACAAAAAUAGUUCAAAAAAUUCAAGUGAAUAAAACAAAUUUCAUUGAUGCUGAAUUUACUCCUGAAACUGAAAAAGCAGACGAUUUAGGACGACCGCUGGACGGAUACGUGAAGAUGCCUUACAGAUCACUCGACAUGAUGUUUAAUCAUCACAAUAUAUGGGUGAACAAGCAAGAUCCUAAUCCAAACUUUAUUUGGUUUGAUGUUUGGAGUACGGAUUAUUGGUACCAGUUUUUUUCUGGAAAAUUCAACAUUAAGACGUGUUUCCCUCGAGGUGGUAACUAUUGUAUGGUGCAAUAUCAUAGGGAUUUACAACAGACUGUUGACCUUAUUAAAUUAAAUUGUCGCAAAUCCUUUUCACAAUAUAGAAGAUCGCGUAAUAUGCAAACACGUUGGAACGAUGACGUGGCGUUAGAAAAUUUCUUAGUUUAUGGUCUCAAAUUAAUCCAUGAAAAAGACAUCGCAGAUUUAUCGGAACAUUUUAGUAUAGAGAAUAAGCAUAAAAAGUGGAGACAAAUUUUAUAUCAAAAACUUCCCCCAACUUUUCGAUUAAAAAGCUUUACUUUGCAUCUUAAUACUACGAAUACAAGAAAAGUUGCAGAUUCAUUUGUCCAUCGUUGUUCAUUCAUUGAUAUGAUGUCAAAUUCUACAACAUUUACCUUGGCCGUACAAGUAAACCAAUUGCCGCUGGGUUUGACAAGCGUUUAUGUAAUGAUUCUCUUAAUUUAUAAUAUUUCUCGUCGUGAGAGGCAGGCGUUCUAUGAAUUGAAUCUGAGGAAAAACGGGGCUUUACACACUAUGGAAAUGUUCAAUAGGACGUACAGAAAAAGAUUAGAAACAGAAAUCGAAAUAAAGAACGCAAAUGACAAUGUAAGAAUUCAACGCUUGGGACAACGUCCUAAUGACGUGGGGAAAAAAUCAUUUGAUAAUGAUGCCACUAAAAUUACUGUAAAAAGCACAGAAAAUGUGAAAAAAGGAAUUGAUUCUUUUGUCAAAGGAGAUCAAAAGUCUCGGAAAACUACACCAACAAAAAAAAAAUUAUCCCAUUCAAUUGGAAGCAUAAGAACAAAACAAGGAAAAAAAAAAAAAAUUAUAAAAUCUUUGCGUAUUCGAUUACCUAGAGAUGCAAUCCUUGGAACAAUUUACGUCGUCAAAUUUUCGGACAAGGAGAUUUGGAAUAAUUUGACAAUGUUUCGCUUUAUGAUGAGCACAGUGAAUCAAUCGCUUUGCCAGGCUCUUAGGGUAUCUAAAAAAAAAAUUAAAUGCUUCGCUUGUAAUUAUACAAACGGAACAAUUAACUUUGCUGUUUUACCCUCUGAUAAUAAAUCAGUUGAAGCGGAUGAAAAAUUAUUUUCGAAGCUUAUAAGAAUAUUUGCUAGCCUUUGUGAAAACUCUCCACAACUUAAAGAAAUUAUCGGGAGUUCUGCAACUAUCGCUUAUAACAAAAAAAUUGAACAUUCAACUUCUAUAACCGUAAUGAAAAUCAAGGAAGCACUCCAUGAAACAGUCCAAAAGAGAAAACGUGAACAAAACAAAACAGAAAAACAUCUAACAGUCCCAAGUGUCGGAAAACAAAAUAAAACUAGUGUUAACGAUACCAACGUUAAAACUAAUGACAUUUUGGCUCAAAAUUACAAUUUAAACGCUAAAGAAGCCUUAAAUGAAGAAGAAAACCGACGUGUUUUUUGUAAACGAAUGCAAGAAGAAGAAGGUGAAAUUUUCGAACAGCUGCGUAAAUAUUAUGAAAACGAAGGGUACUCGAACGACGAGUCGCAAUAUUUUGCUGCCUAUUAUACAGCUUUACGAAUUAAACAGUGUAACAAAUCUUGAAAAUACUCAAUGACACUUAUUGCAGGUAUUAGCUUAUUUUCUUUUUACGAAGUACUUUUUCUUCUUUUAAAAAAAAUUUAAAAAGCAAUUUUUGUUUUUCUUUAAAAUACUUUUUUUUAACGAAUUAGAAAAAACUAUACUCAUGUUUUGCAUUUUUCCUUAACAAUUAAAA